AUGCCGCCCGUCGCAAAGCCGCAGGAGGAGUACGACGUCGUCGUCAUCGGCGGCGGCUCCGGCGCCAUGGGCAUGGGCCGCCGCGCCGCUCAGUACGGCCAGAAGGUCUGCAUGAUCGAGGAGGACGGCCGCCUCGGCGGCACGUGUGUCAACGUCGGCUGCGUGCCCAAGAAGAUCAUGUGGUACGCCGCCGACAUGGCCGAUGCGCUGCGCUCGGCGCCCGAGUACGGCUUCGGCGAUGCGCAGGGCAAGCCGCUGUCCAAGGAGGGCAUCCCGGAGUUCAAGUGGAACUACUUUGUCGAGAAGCGCGACGCCUACGUGCGUCGCCUGAACGGCAUCUACGACAAGAACCUGCAGAACGACAAGGUCGAGUACAUCUCCGGCCACGCCAAGAUCACGGGCUCCAACGAGGUCGAAGUGACGAUGCGCUCGGAGAGCGGCAAGUUCGACGCCGGCACGCACACGGUGCGCGGCAAGCGCAUUUGCAUCGCCACGGGCGGCCGCCCGACGCAGCCGUCGGAGGACAAGAUCCCGGGCGCGAGCCUCGGCAUCGACUCGGACGGCUUCUUUGCGCUGCGCGAGCAGCCGAAGCGUGUUGCCGUCGUCGGCGCGGGCUACAUUGCCGUCGAGCUGGCGGGCGUGCUCAACACGCUGGGCAGCGAGACGCACCUGCUCAUCCGCCACGACAAGUUCCUGCGCAACUUCGAUCCCAUCAUCUCGGACACGCUGCAGGAGUACAUGGGCAACACGGGCCUCAACGUGCACCAGAGCACCAACAUUACGCGCGUCGACGGCGAGAAGGGCGGCCCGCUGACGCUGACGCUCGACAAGGGCGGCAAGCUCGAGGUCGACUGCCUCAUCUGGGCCAUCGGCCGCCGCCCCAACACCGACAACCUCGGCCUCGAGUCCGUCGGCGUCAAGACGGACAAGGCAGGCAACAUCGUCGUCGACGAGUACCAGAACACCAACGUGCCCUCGAUCAACGCGCUCGGCGACGUGGCGGGCAAGGCGCUGCUGACGCCCGUCGCCAUUGCGGCCGGCCGCCGCCUCUCGAACCGCCUCUACGGCCCCGAGCACCUGCGCAACGACAAGCUCGACUACGACAACAUCCCCACCGUCGUCUUCUCGCACCCGACCAGCGGCACCGUCGGCCUCACGGAGCCCGAGGCGCGCGAGAAGUUCGGCGACGACGACAUCAAGAUCUACAGCAGCCGCUUCACGGCCAUGUACUUUGGCAUGCUCGAGCACAAGCAGCCCACGGCGUACAAGCUCGUGUGCCAGGGCAAGAACGAGAAGGUUGUCGGCGUGCACAUCGUCGGCCUCGGCAGCGACGAGAUCAUGCAGGGCGUCGGCAUCGCCGUCAAGAUGGGCGCGACGAAGCAGGACUUUGACAACACGGUGGCCAUCCACCCGACGUCGUCCGAGGGUGAGUGUCUCCUGUGCGUGCGUGGCGUGCUGCUUGCUGACCGCUCUCCGCCGCAAGAGCUUGUCACUAUGCGCUGA